AUGCUCUAUGAUGUCAAAUACAAGCCAUCCAUUUUUCCCAAGCCUCCUGAUCAAACCGUCAACGAGACCACAGGCUUACUUAAACUGACAUGUAAGUCUGACGGCUACCCCGCGCCGACCUACAAGUGGUCUAGAGAUGGAGUAGUGGUGUCACUGACCAGUGUGUAUAACAGAAACAAUAUGACCAGGUCAGAGGCAGGGACGUACAUGUGCACAGCUACUAAUGAGAUGGGGAGUGACACAACCACGGUACAAGUCACCGUCAACUAUAAACCAGAGAUGGUGUUUUCGACUACCAACACGUCGUCUUGGGGUGGAAAAAACCUGAGCCUGCAGUGCAAUGCCAGAGGUGUACCAUCACCUCAGAUCACGUGGUACAAGUCUGGCGGUAAGCCAAUCACAGCUGGAGUAAGCCCCAUCUCCGGAGGCAGCCAGCUCCAAGUUACAACAACUCAAUACGCAGGGGACUAUGGACAGUACAAGUGCCGGGCGUCUAACUUGUUGGGGUCCGUGGAACGCCUGAUCUACGUCACUCAAUUGUUCGCUCCAGGCCCUCCCAUCAUCACGGUGUCAAAUAUCGAGGCGUCAUCCAUCAAAGUCAACUGGGCCCCUCCUUCAUCUGAUGGCGGCAGCCCUGUCAUCGACUACAAGGUGGAAGUGGAUCCUGCAAAACCGCCCCGUGAGGGGGUGCCUGGGGGCCAAGUUGUCAUCUCAGAUCUUACAAAGAAUACAGAGUAUACUGUAAAAGUGACCGCGCGGAACGUUGUUGGUUAUGGCGACGCUGGGACGGAAAUUAUCCGAACUAAAAAGCAAGGACCCCCCUCGCAACCGUUUCUCAAACCUGUUGACAAUACUACGACAAGCGAGGAAAUCACCCUGGAAUGGAGCAAACCCGACGAGAACGGUGGCGCCAUCCAGGCCUACAUCGUGUACUUCAUGUUGACUUUCCCUGAUGGCCAGAAGACAGACUGGACUGAAACCGCUAACAUCACAGACCUCUCAGUGCUGAGCUACACAUUCAAGGGCAUGAAGCCAGGAAGGACUUACAGCUUCCUGGUCACCGCGUACAACCAGUACGGAGAGAGCGCUAGGGAUUAUACCAAAGCACGCGUGGUGCAGGUCAACGAGAUGAGCACAAAUAAACCCGAUGCGGGUGAGCGUGGCGCAGGCCCCGGGGGGUCCAACAUGGCGGCGAUAGGGGGUGCGGUCGGCGGGGUCAUCCUCGUGGUGCUCGUGGCGGGAAUUAUCUUUGUCGUGCUCCGACGCAAACGACUGCAGAAGCCAGGUGGUGCUCCACGAAACGAGAGCCAACAAGAGAUAAAUCCAUACGACAUCACAGACCACCGUACGGCCGCGACUAACGAGGGGAAUGGGGCCGAGGACGAGGGUCCGACCUAUGCUGUCGUCGACAAGACGAAGAAGAAGAAGAAAAAAGCGCAAGAUGACAUUCCUGUGUACGCUGAGGUCGACAAAACAAAGAAGCGGAAGCCCGGGGAGAUCGUGUAUGCGGAGCUAGCAGACUUCAACUCCGUCAUGGACGAGGCAGCUGCCUCUGCCACGAAACCUGCUGCCUACCAGGAAACCGCCUACGCUGACAUCACCGAGUUCCAGAAAGCAGAGGACCCCACCUAUGCUAACGUUCCUGGCCAACAGGAAGUUACCUAUGGCAACAUACAGAGCAUGUAAAUUACCAGGAAGUCACGGCGGACAGGGAAGUGAUACUAAACAGAAACACAAUAAAUGAACAUCAUUAUUAGGCCAGGAAACUACCCCUAGGCUGUGGUGGAAAUACCAUCAAACCCGAAAACUACCUGUAGAGGCUAGAGAACUAUACCACAAGACAAAAGAACUAGAGCAUAGCACUACCACUAGACUAGAAAAUACCACUAAACCCGGAAACCUCCACUAACCUGGAAACUAUCUCUAGAAACAAGAGAACUAUACCACUAGACAAAAUAACUACCACUAGAACAUAGUAUUUCCCCAGAAAACUACCAUUAUACCAGGUAAUACCAAUAGACCAGGAAACUACCAUUAUACCAGGUGAUACCAAUAGACCAGGAAACAACAAUUAUACCAGGUAAUACCAAUAGACCAGGAAACUACCAUUAUCCUCCAGCCCUCUUCCUAAAAUUCUAAUUGUUGGGCCAAGCUAGUGCUACCACCAGGCCUCCUGGUCUGACUAACCGAAAAAGGCCAGUUUUGAACUUGGUUUUGAACGAUUUUUUGAACGUUUUAAUACAGGAAGAUAGAGAAAUUUCAUGAUGCAUGUUAAUAAAUUCGUUAGUAUUUAUUUUUAUAAAUUUACUCUUUAUAGGGUGUACAGACAUCAUUAGAGGAAAGUAGUUUGUAAUUGAUGACAACGUAAAGUAUUUUUGUAUGCAUAGAUUUUAUAGAUAUAUUUUUGUGGUUUUAAUGUAUUUUUAUACUAUAUUGUAUGUAGGUCACUGGAAGCAAAAUAUUUGAUAUUCUUAGACUAGAUUUCAAGGGUGCCAUCAGAUUGAUUGACACAUUGAAAAGUAAACUGUUUGAUCCCAGGGUCCUUUGGGUAAUUUCAAAAUGGCACCUUUUUCGGUUGAGCUUUUUUCCACAGGGAGACCAAAGUCAAGUUGUCUCGUUUCCAGUCUGUCUGACUGAGAGGAGCCAUUUUUAAAUUACUCAAAAGUCAUUUGAACGCAAAUAGAUGUUUUGAUAGCAUUUGAUAAUGUGAGAAUGUUGCGUUUUGAAAGUAAGGAAUAAUUUCAAAUUUAAAUUUUGUGAGUUAAUUAUACGUUUCGUGGUGAAUCGAAAAUAAUUCGUCAGAUAAGAAUAAUUGUAAUUGUUAAUAAUUUUUAGUAUUGGCAAGUUAUCGCUAUAAAUGAAAAGUAAACGUUUUGAUAAAAAUAACUGUAAGAUUUUAUUUUGUAUUUUACAAUGAAAUAAACUUCGUUAGUGUUGAA